UGGAUUUCAGCCGCGCAUGCGUACUGUUGAUGACGUGCUAAUCGCGUUAGCCAAGCAGAUCGGUCUAACGUUACUUCCUCCAUCCAAACUUGCUUGACAUUAAGGCAGUAAAAUAGUCUGCUGUUGUCCCUCGCUGUUCCAUCAUGCUACAAUUCCUGGCUGGCUUUACCUUGGGAAAUGUUGUGGGAAUGUACCUGGCCCAAAACUACGAGGUUCCAAAUAUAGCCAAGAAAAUUGACGCCUUCAAGAAAGAUGUGGAGGCCAAGAAGAACCCCCCGGAAUGACCUGCGAGGUCAAGAUGCACUCUAAAGAAAUUAUUUAAUUGACGAUACAGCUCGUGCAAUGUGUACAUUUAAUAAAAGGAUUGACAUUGGGAAAUAUGAGAAUAUUAACAGUGCAUGCAAACGUGUUUUAUUUUUCCCUUAGUUUUAUAGGCAUGUUCUCAUGUGGCCUAUUUUUAUAAGAAAUUGUGCAAAGACUGGAUUCAAAGAAUAUAAGUGAGAAAUGGGAUCACUUUAAGUCCAGUAUCAUGGCACUGUUGGGUGGCCUUUUCUAUGAUGCACUGUUUUAAUAAGCACAUUACAUUCAUAAUCAUGCAGUGUAUAUAACAUUAAUCAAAUGACUCUGGUUUAAAGAUUUCCUUCAAGUGUGUUAACGACUCUGGAUCAGUCAUCUUACAAUAAACUUGCUGCAAAUGAA